AUGCCAGACGUACAUUUUGAAAUUAUUCGGCUAGAAGACAUUGGCCAAGAUAUUAUUAAAACAGGAUCAUCAAAAAAAACGACUAGUCGUUCUAAUUUCAAGUUAUCUGAUGGAGAUGUUGAAAAUCUCAAACAUUAUCUACAUAGAUAUAAUGAACCAUCAUCACGACAAACCACUACAAAAAAAGUUAUUCACGAUGUUUUAUCUCCAGAUUCGACUAAACCAUUGACAGCUACAUCGUCGCAUCAUCAUCAUCAUCAUCGUCAACAUCGCCAUCAUCAACAUGACCAUGUAGAUAUAACAGAUGAUCUUUAUUUCGAUAAACUUGAUGCAGACCAUAGUAAACCAUUUGAACAUGCUCAACCAUUAACUGAUAUCUACCGAUAUCAUCAUCAUUAUCGACGUCAACAUCAGCAUACAAAACAUUCUCAUGAAAAACCAAAUACAUCAAUAUUGCCUGGUAACUAUCAAAUACUUGCUCUUGAAUUUACAACAUGUGGUAUGAAAAAGAAUACACAAUUGCCAAUACCACAUGAAAAUUUUUCAUUAAAAAAUGGAUGUUUCGGCGACGAUGCUGGAUUUGCAAUGCGACGUAAUCAACAAAAUUUUUUAGGAAUUUCUGAUGGUGCCGGUGGUAAUGUAAUGUAUGGUUUUGAUCCUCGUCUUUUUUCUGAAUCAUUAAUGCGACAUUGUUCUGAUUUGGCUCAUACAGGAAAAUAUUCGACUGAGGAACCAAAACGUCUCCUAUGUCAUGCAUUUGAUCGUGUUCAAAUUGAAAAUUGUUUUGGUAGUGCUACUGCAUGUGUGGUUGGCAUUGAUUGUGAUACAGGCCAACUUCAUUCAGUAAACAUUGGUGAUUCAGGUUAUGUUAUUAUUCGAAAUGGUUGUAUUAUUUAUCGAUCACGUUCACAAAAAAUGAAUGGUGAUUGCCCUAGACAAUUGGAUGUCUAUCCAUGGACUGCAGCCUUAAGAAAAAAAGGCCUCAACUAUACGCAAAUAUCGAGUGUUGAUGCGAUUUGUCAAACUUUUCAAUUAGAAUUAGAUGAUAUAGUUAUUCUGUCUACUGAUGGCCUAUUUGACAAUAUUCCUGAUCGAUUGCUUGAAAAAAUCAUUUCUAAACAUCCUUCCUUAAAAAACGCUGCUAAUGAAUUAGUUAAUCAUGCUGUUCGUUUUUAUGUUAAACCAGAUGAUAUUCUAGUUAUUAUGGCACGAUUGACAACAGAUAAACAUAGAACAUAUGAACAAAGAUAA